ACCUGAGACUGACGCGCACGCGCAUCUCUGCCAGUGGAAAACGUGCACGAGGAUAGAGCAGAGCGCUCGCUCUCCACCAUGACCACUACAAAUCACCUGAAUUAUCAAUAACUCCCGACUUUUGAGCGCUUUCCGAGGAUCAUUUGAUUAUUAGAGACAUACAUGGAGGCUGUGAGCACUUGGAGCCCCCAGCAAGUCCUGGACUGGAUGACUGGUCUGGAUGACAGCCUGCAGCAGUACCUCCCGGCCUUUAGGUGGCAGCAGGUGGACGGCGACAAGCUUCUGAAGAUGACUCACCAGGAGCUGACGGCAAUGGGCGUGGUCAAGGUCGGGCAUCAGGAGCUCAUGCUGGAGGCGGUCGACCUGCUCUGCGCACUGAACUACGGCAUGGAGUCGGAAAACCUGAAGACGCUGGUGGCCAAGAUGAGGCUGGCCUACCACAACCUGAGCGGCGCCGUGUCGCAGCGCCGCAAGAACCCGACCUACCAGAGCGACAGCGCCCACCGGCCCUCCAACGACUUCCUCACCGCAGUGGUGGAGCUCAUCGCUGCAGCCAAGAGUCUGCUGUCCUGGAUGGACAGGACUCCCAUGACAAACGCGAGCGAUUUCAUGUCCACCAAAAGCACCAUCAUUCAAUUGUGUCUGGAGCUCACCUCCACGGUCCAGAAGGACUUCACCGUUUAUCAGAUGGAGGAGAAGAGUCUAGAAGUGUCUCAAGCUCUGAACAGCCUAUGUGAGAAGACAGCCCGGGCGACCGCCGACCCGCCCAGGAGCGAAGUGUCGUGCGUGGAGGAGGUUCACAUCCCUGACAUUAAGCCCGGAGAAGGCCUGGGCAUCUACAUCAAGUCCACCUAUGACGGCCUUCACGUCGUCACAGGAACCACAGAAAACUCCCCCGCAGAUAAGACCAAGAGGAUCCACGCUGGCGACGAGGUGAUCCGAGUCAACGAGCAAACGGUGGUGGGUUGGCAGCUGAAGCACCUGGUGGCCAAGUUGAGGGCGGAGUCAGGAAGCAUACGACUGGUGCUGAAGAAGAGGCCGUUGGGAACGACCGGCGCUUUCGCUCCGCCGCCACUGAAAAAUAUGCGCUGGAGACCCCCCCUCGUUCAGGCAUCAUCGGGCCUCCCCAGAUGGCGUCAACCUUCGGACAGCUCUGCACACGGCAAGAAGACGGCCAUUUUGGAUCUGUACAUCCCUCCUCCACCCUGUGCUACGUAUUCGCCUGCUGAGGCGAUUGAGGGCGUGAAGGCAGGGCCCAGAUCUCCCAACUCUUGUCUGGACGCCGAUGUGUCCGUCGCCAGUUGCGUUGGAGCCACCAGAACCGGCGCUAACAUCGCUCCACAAGUCCAGCCACCUAUCCCGGUCUCAGUUCCAGUCCCAGUCCCAGUCCCUGUCCGACUCAGACAGCGUUCCAGUGUACGCGGUUCAGCCAAACCUCGGCCCGUGUCCAUGCCGGCUGAGGUCCUCUCAGGGGUGUCUUGCCAACGCGGGACACAAGGAUGGAAAGGAGGCAGACGUCUUCACCGCUACCUGAGCAACGAGGGCAUCAGUAGCAUCACCGAGGAGGACGAGGAACAGCGCUUCCCGCUGCCGUACCGGCGACACGCGGCGGUCCGCGGGGUGGACCACAUCCGAGGCAGCCAGUGCUUCAUCAGCGCCGACCUGCACAACAGCGCCACCAUCCCCUACCAGGAAGUCGCGUCCAAGAAGACGCCGUCCGCUAAGGCCGCCGCGGCCACCGCCGCCGCCCCCGCAUCUCCGUCUGCCGGCAAACAGUCGACUUCGCUGCUCGGGGGGUGGCUGGCUCGCCUCAGGCUGCUCAGCCACUGACUCCGCGCUUUGACUGACAGCUCAAAAGCAUCCGUUUGAGCAUUGAAGAGUUUUUGUGAAGCACAAGUGAGCCUCACAACCUCAAGACUUCGUCAUUUAGCGCUCAAGUGCUUUCUCAUUACAGUCACCAGCCAUCCAACCCUGCCGCAAAUACCCCCGAAAAGCUUUCUAAUUCUCCAUAGAUGCCGCAAGACGGUGGCAAAGUACUACUUUGGUCAAAAUGAAACUCAUCAACUCACUACCACUUAGUUAGUUCUUGGCACUAAAAUAGCAGCGAGCAGUAUUUUUAUUUAAAUGAAGAACCUUGAUUCACUAACACAUAGUUCCUUGCGGCCAAGAAAAGACCAAAGUGAUACUUUUUUUAUCUUUGGGCCUCAUAAAACUGCAAAUAGGUGAGUUUUUUCUUUUCUUUCUUUUUUUUUUUUUUUUUUGAAGGCUAAGUUCCCGCAAAAAGAUCUGAAUGCCUUCUCUGAAGUUUAUCUUUGAGCCCCAUCUCGUGGCAUCCUGGCGCCCUGGAACUAAGUUGUUGUGAGUUGAAGGGCUUCAUGCUGAAAACUCACCUUGUCACUGUCUCAAAAGCCUUAAGAUUGCGCAAGAUGGCGCCUAAAGCGCUGCUUUGGAGUUCACUUUUUACGGCAAGCUGCUGUCCCGCAUGUACUUUUAACAUGAAUACAUCACUGAACUUUGUAAGUAGCAGUUGUGUAUUUUAAUAAGACAUGACCUCAAAUAUAAUUUUUUUGUUUCUGUUUUACUGUAAAUGAGUUUUGUGUGACAUUUUUACUCAGGACAAAGUUUAACAGUUCACAACUGUCACAAAACUAUCGGGAAUGGACAAUUUCAUCAUCGCUAAUCUGAUGAAAAUCACUCUCGACUGGUCGCUGGUGACAUUGUGGAGCGGAAUGUCGACUAGUCGGCAACCACGCCGCUCUCUUAACUCGCUUCUGUUCGAAAAACGUGCAAUAACUGAAAAUACACUGGCGCAUAUGUAUCUUUAUUUUUUAUUUUUUACAUUUAAUGUUGAUGUCACAUUGCACAUUGUUGCUGUGUUGACCCCUGUAAUGUGUGGAAAAUAUUGUAAAUAAAACCAACUUUGCAUUUA